AUGACCACGACGACCUCUCCUGAAGGUAACAUGACCACGACGACCUCUCCUGAAGUUAACAUGACCACGACGACCUCCCCUGAAAGCAACACAACAACGACGACCUCUCCUGAAGGCAACACGACUACGACGACCUCUUCUGAAGGUAACAUGACCACGACGACAUCUGAAGGCAAUACGACUUCCCCUGAAGGCAACACGACCACGACGACCUCUCCUGAAGCCAAUACAACCUUCCCUGAAGGUAACAUGACCACGACGACCUCUCCUGAAGGUAACAUGACCACGACCUCUCCUGAAGGCAACACGACCACGACGGCCUCUCCUGAAACCAAUAUGACCACUACGACCUCUCCUGAAGGUAAUAUGACCACGAAUGUAACUAAAACUGAAACUACAGCUCCAGUGUUAAAGAAAUUUUCUAAAUCUAAAAGGAACAGAAACCGAGAAAAAAUACGCUUUCGACGAUCAGUGAGGGAAGUGCCAUUUGCUAGUAUUGCUGAUAAAAGCAAGUCACAACGAGAUGAGUAUGCUACACACAAUUCACUAGACAUGCAGCGCAAACAACGUAAACUGAUCCCUGCCAAAGUUCUUUAUCCCUCAAAGGGAGAGCCAUUCUCUCUAAGAGAGUGGAACUCCACUCAAAGUCCUGUGUAUUUAGCAGACGAACAUCUUCGUGAUCUGGCACACAUCCUACAGACACUGACUACUGAUCUCCAAGAUGCUGUGAGAGAGGAUGCAGGUCCAUCCGAGUUUAUGACUCUCGCGAAUGAUGAAGCACAACUCAGAACUCUAACGGCGACGCUAGAGAACUCAAACACCGUUAUCAGCACAGAAGAAAAAGACCACCUCUCCCGACUGACCAAUUUCACUCGCAUGUCGCUCAGCAUGGCCCAGGAAAUCGUCCAGCUGCGACUGUCCACCAUUGCAGAGGCCGGUACUAUGCAUGUGAUCCUGGGUAUUACAGUGAGUGGCUGCAUCCUUCUCGUCACGAUACUAGUAUGGACGUGCUACAGACACAGAAGGGCACCAAGCAACACAGACUCGCGGGACAACCUCUCCUCAGAGCGAAAUUUUGCCUCUCCUGCGACUUACAGCCUCUCCCGUCCGCUGUCGCAAUCUUCCGUAAUCCAUUCUAGUAGCAGAGACUCUUCCGAAGUUCCACAAGCAGAUUACGCAACGUCAGCCACCCCAGGCGGAGCAGAGUCUGGGAGAAGGGCUGACGCGAUGCCUCUCCACCACUACCCCAGUGGAAGACCAAACGAACGACCUAUAUAA